AUGGAAGGCGAAGAAGCUGCCGCAGAGAAUAAUUCAGAUUCCACUGAAAAUUUACAAGCUUUUGAAUAUGAUUCCGAUGAUGACGCGGAUAUUUUUGACCACUUUGGUAUCGAUGCCAUUGAUAGAGCAUGUCGCAUUAUUUACCCUGACCAGCCAAACCCUCUACAAGCCUCUGCCAUGAUAAAAUUUUGGUUGGGUGGACCAGACCCGUUAGAUUAUAUCAGUAUGUACAGUAACGAAGGUGAUUUAAGUAAAAAUAUUCCACCCCACUGGCACUACAUCAGCUAUGGUUUCAGUGAUUUACAUGGUGAUGGUAGAGUACAUAGACAAUCUAAGAGAGGAGAAGCUAGUGGGUUUGGUUUCGAGCUGACUUUUAGACUAAAGAGGAACCCUGAAGAAGAAACACCUCCAAUGUGGCCUUCAACUUUAAUGAAUAGAUUAGCUAGAUAUGUGUUUCAAACUGGCAAUGUCUUACAUAUUGGUGACCAUAUACCAUGGGACUCAUUGAAUGGUGAUCCAGAAUCUCGUAUUGCCCAUAUUUUGAUUGCCGAGGAUCCUCAAUUAUUAGAUCUUGAUACACAACAUGGUGUACUAGAUUUUAGACAGAUAGUAGGAGUAACAGAUGAUGAGGUGAAGACAGCUCAGAAAUGGAAAGGAAGUGGAGUUUUAUCACUCUUACCAAAUUUACCAGAAGUAGGUCCAUUUUAUAUCACAGAUGUAAAUAGAAAGGAAUCUAUUUUUGAUCACGAUCCCACUCUGAUGAAAAUGGUGACUGAAGGCAUAGAGAAGGAGGGCUCUAAUUUAGGUCAUGUGACAGCCAUGUGUUCAUGGUCUGAAUGUUUUACAGAUAACAGGUAUUGUCUUACUUCAGUUGACUUAACAAUUUUAAAAGAAUUGUGA